AUGGCAGACCCUGUAACGGUAUUAGUUACUACAAUUGUUAGAUAUGGAUGGCAACGAUACACCGAUAGAAAAAAACAAAAAAGAGAAUUAUAUAGAAGGGUUGAUCGUCUAUUAGCAAGACCCGACUACGAUAUUAGCUUUGGAGAAGUAGAACAAUUAUUAGACGAAAUAGAUGAAUAUAAUCCAGAAAACCGAAAUAAUUUUAAGGGUCUUCGUGAACUUAAAGAUUUAUAUGAAGAAAAACGUUAUCAAAGAA